UAAACAUCAUCGAAUGGUAAAUGAGUGAACUCUAAACUUUUCGAAAAUUAAUUAAUCUCCCUUUGUGAUUUCCGUGCUAUGAAAAUUUCAGUGAAAUUCCACGUUUUGCGUUGUUUAAACUGCAGUUCGAGUGCCGACCGUUUUUCAACACGUAUUCCAGGCGAUAUCGGCGCAAAUCCCGGAGUCCUUGUGCCACGUUCCCGACUGGUAAGUGCCAAAACCACAAACAACAGGUUUUUAUGCGUCCCCGCGAGUUCCUCCAUGGCAACCGUUAAAAUUCGUCCGUUUUACAACUUAAAUUAACAAAGCAAAAAGUAAAAAAAAAAAAUAAAACAACGCCACCAACAAAAUGAGCACUUUGGCUGGCGUGUCCGCGAACGGGCGAUCGCUAUCCAUCCUUGUGGCGUCCUUGACGCCCUCCGAGUCCGGCGUAGCGCGCCGCUCGGAGCGUCCCCGCCGCCGCCGCCGCCGCCCCGCUCGUCCGGGGCCUCUUCCCCCUUGAUAUCCACAAGUGGCGGCCAGGCGGCCACGCACGCGAAUGACAGUAGCGCGAGCGGAGACCGGGAGCGCGCACCGCCGCCACGCCAGGUGUUCAGGGGUGCUCUGCCAGCUGUGCCGUGCGUACCGCCGUUUGUUGUCGUCGUCGUCGUCGUCGUCGUCGUCGUAAUCGUGGCCGCAGUCGUGUGUGUGUGUGUUUAGGUGGUGAGGAGCUGUGCGACACGGAUAUUUGUUGAUGGUUUUUGUAAUGAUUGGUUUUAUUUUUACUGAAUUUUUCGACCCCACAGAUUGAGAUGUUGAGAGAACUUUGUUGGCUGUGAACAAAACAAUCAAACAAUUUAGAGAAGCAACCGAUGUCAAUAAUUUUUCGUACAAUAAAAGCGAAUAGUUCAAUUCUAAAACGGGUAAAUGAAAUAACGUGUGAAUGUGCCACGAACAUGAUUGACAAUGUGGCAGGCAUUCUCACGGUCGCUGGAAAUUCUGGUGGCGUUCUUCGAGUACUACUCCGCCAGAGCACAAUUGGAAACUACCGGCAGUCCGCAGGCGAAAUCGCCGGCCGGCAGCAGUGCGGGCGCGAUGCCGGCGGAGGCGCGUACACCCACCGCCCCCGCCAACCAGGCCCUCACCAAAGUCAAGGGCGAUCAUCCAUCGGUAAGCCAGGAUAUGGCCUUCCUGCAGAACAGAUCGAUCUCGCUGGUGGACAUGUACAUCGACAAUUCUGAGCCAUCCGAGAACGUUGGACAGAUCCAUUUCUCGUUGGAGUACGACUUCCAAAAUACCACACUCAUCUUGAGAAUUUUACAGGGUAAAGAAUUGCCGGCGAAAGAUUUGUCGGGCACUAGCGAUCCGUACGUGAGGGUGACGCUGCUCCCCGACAAGAAGCACCGACUGGAGACGAAGAUCAAACGGCGAACGCUGAACCCACGCUGGAACGAGACGUUCUACUUCGAGGGCUUCCCGAUCCAGAAGCUGCAGUCGAGGGUGCUGCACCUGCACGUCUUCGACUACGACCGGUUUUCACGCGACGACUCCAUCGGCGAGGUCUUCCUGCCGCUGUGCCAGGUGGACCUGAGCGAGAAGCCGUCGUUCUGGAAGGCGCUGAAGCCGCCGGCCAAAGACAAGUGCGGCGAACUGCUGACGUCGCUGUGCUACCACCCGAGCAACAGCAUCCUGACCCUAACAUUGCUCAAAGCCCGGAACUUGAAGGCGAAGGACAUCAACGGGAAAUCAGAUCCGUACGUGAAGGUGUGGCUGCAGUUCGGCGACAAGCGGAUCGAGAAGCGCAAGACGGCGGUGUUCAAGUGCACGCUGAAUCCGGUGUUCAACGACACCUUCUCGUUCAACGUGCCCUGGGAGAAGAUCAGGGAGUGCUCGUUGGACGUGAUGGUCAUGGACUUCGACAACAUCGGCAGAAACGAGCUGAUAGGAAGGAUCCUUUUGGCCGGUAAAAACGGAUCAGGCGCCAGCGAGACGAAACAUUGGCAGGACAUGAUCACGAAACCACGCCAGACCAUCGUCCAGUGGCACCGACUCAAACCUGAAUAGACGAUCUCUGCACAAAACCAAGUAUAACAAACCAACAAAUAUUUGAAUUUAAAAAAAGUAAAACAAACGUAAAAAUCCUUUUUGGUAAUCAGAAUGGCAUGUUACAAACACAAUUCGAAAGCACAAAUCUUCACUUCAACCCGCUAUACCAUCAUUUGAACUUACCUUCCGUUCAUCCGUUAAGUUUUCAGUUUUUGCGAUUCAUUUACUUCGGUCGGCUUCAAUCCAACAACCACACACAAUGGAAAACGACAAUAAUUUUUCGAUAAAAGUGUGCAAAUCCAUCAGCAACCUUUUAAAUAAUUGAUUUUCGGCAACAGUAAUUAACAAGGUUUGCGCAGAUUUAUCAUCGGUUUUAUUUCGGUUUUUUAGUGGAAAAUUGCACGGCACACCAAAACAUGGCCAAAAACAGUAUUAAUUAACAACAAAAAAGUACCAAUUUGCACACUUUGGGGUAAAUCUUUUUUGCCAAAGCAAGAAUUUGUUUCUCUCGUGGAUUAUUCAAUUCAUUUUUUGAUAUAACGAACUGCAUACCGUGCCCUGACCACCCAUCGAGCCACCAACCCUUAAAUUAAUUGAUUUAAGGGUUUGUGGCGGUUGGGGGCCGGGGCCGACUUAUAAAAUCUCUUCGGUGGAGACUAAGAAGUAUUUUUUGUGAUAAUAUAAUGUUAAAUAAUUAUAUUGUUAUGAUUAAAUGUGUACUGUAUAAUAUAAAAUUUAGCGUGUAAGGGUCAAAAAAUAAGAAAAUUUUCCAAAAAUGGGGUGCAAUUUUUUUAUAUUUUUUAGUGACUAAGGCAUCUUCACAUACACACACUGGAGGGCGUUGUUUUCUGAUUGAUGGUGGGAGGGAGGGUGAACUCCGGUUUUUGGAAAAUUUUAUUGGACGACUACUUUUAAUUUGUGACGGAGCGCACGACGUGCCCCGAAAGUCGCCUUCAGCCACCGAAGGUGGCCAGGGGGACUUUCAGUGCCCGUUGUAGAUUUGGGGGUAAAUCACGGUUUCGGGUGCGACAAUUCUAAAAAAAAAAAUACGACGAGAUGUGAGAUUAUCUGCUGAAAUUCUAUAUGUGUGCUUAUAUAAUAGAAUUAGACACAAAAACUAUAUUAAUAAAUGUAUUUUUCAUAUCUAAAUGUUGCGCCGUUGCACAGACAAGACCGCACGUUGUUUCAGUCCUGAAACUUUGCUGGUUGAACAUUGGAGGAGACGUUUUUGUGUGUGCAGGUUUUGUUGGUGCCACGGACAACCGUUGUAUCAGAUUGGAAUUAUUUUCAAGACAGAUGUAUUUUUUUAUUUCACGUAGUGGGCGUGGGUUUUGUUAGCCGGGGAAGCCCCGGCUUCCCCGGCAACCAGCGGGGCAGCCCGCCUUCGGAAUUUAGGUAAUUGGAUGAUCGAUGCGUUAGGUUAGAGUUAGGUCGUUUCACUUGGGCGGGCGCCCCGCAUAAACCCCACCCAUGUUUGGUGUCAUUUUAAAAACUAUAUAUCACUGUUGUAAAAUAUUUCAGAAUUUAUAUAAUACACCCAUGACGUUUCAGGCGCGUCCGCCAAAACUCAACAAUUAAAAGGCAACUGACGGGAAGGUUAUUGGGGGAAUACGGAAGCGGACGCGCCCGGACGUCGCGGCUUUAGUGUUUAGUGUUUGAAACCUUAAAAAACUACUGUAGUGCCUAUAUGAAAAAACGUAUCGUUACAACAACAAGAAAUUCGUUUUGGUUUCGUGCUUUGUUUUGUUGAGAUUCGGUGUGCUUUUUGUCGUUUUUGGUCCCGCGCUCCGGUCACCGGCCGUGCCCAUCGGGGCGCCCACAUAUCUCUUCACUCCAACUUGUCGACUUGUAUGCGCGGUGGCCGAAGGGCGGGCGGCAUCCCCCGUUCAAAUGGAAAAAUCAUUUAUUAAGUAAUUUGUCUCGGCGACUCUUGGCAAUUGACAGUUUGCACUUUUACGAAGGCUGCAGGUUGUCCGUUGGCGACGCGGAUUCGGUGUUGAGGCGUUAACUGAAAAAUUUAACUAAACAAAAAUUAUAAACACAUAUUAAAUAUAUUUUUUAACUACUUCUGUUGUGUAAUUUAUAUUUUAUAUGAACAUGUUGCUACUGUAAAAUUUAAAUAAGUGUUUAAGAUAUAUGUGACUAUGUUGUUUUUUGGGAGAUGAGCAUCCUGAAAAUUUUAAGUGUAUAUAUAAAAAUAUAUGUUUAGAUUUAGGGCAAUUCCUGUAUGGAAAUAAAAAAAUAAUGUAGGAGGUAUUCACUAGAAAAUAUACGUAUUUAAUUUAA